CCGGGUCGGGCUGCGGGUCUCGGCUUCGUUCCGGCUUCCCCGCACCUCAAGCCGCGCAUGCGCGGCCAGGUGCCGGCGAGGACGCCCGAGACACGAUGGGUGGCGGGAUGAGCGACGGGUGGGGAAGAAGCCCCGGGGAGCGGCUGGGCCCAGGGAAGGCGGUGACCCGGAGGAAGGACACUUUGGCUGAGCUUUUCUAAAUCCAGCCUGGAGUAAUACUUCAAAGAAAACCUGAUGCGACCGCUCCAGACUGUUCCAAGCCGAUUCAUUUCCCAGCUGUGUUGUAGACUGAAGCCGUCACCCUCCCCACAAAGCAAGAUCUGCCUCACCAUGGCUCGUCCAAGUUCAAAUAUGGCGGAUUUUCGGAAGUGUUUUGCAAAUGCGAAGCACAUAGCCAUCAUCUCGGGGGCCGGCGUUAGCGCGGAGAGUGGGGUUCCAACCUUCAGAGGAGCUGGAGGUUACUGGAGAAAAUGGCAAGCUCAGGACCUGGCGACUCCUCAGGCCUUUGCCCGGAACCCAUCACAGGUGUGGGAAUUCUACCACUACCGGAGGGAGGUCAUGCAGAGCAAGGAGCCCAACCCGGGGCACCUGGCCAUUGCCCAGUGCGAAGCCCGGCUACGUGACCAGGGCCGACGGGUUGUGGUCAUCACCCAGAACAUCGAUGAGCUGCACCGCAAGGCUGGCACCAAGAACCUGCUGGAAAUCCAUGGAACACUAUUUAAAACUCGGUGUACCUCAUGUGGUGCUGUUGCUGAGAACUACAAGAGUCCAAUUUGUCCAGCUUUAGCCGGAAAAGGGGCCCCAGAACCGGAAACUCAAGACGCCAGAAUCCCAGUCGACAAACUUCCCCGGUGCGAGGAGGCAGGAUGCGGGGGCUUGCUGCGACCUCACGUGGUGUGGUUCGGAGAAAACCUGGAUCCCGCCAUCUUGGACAAAGUGGACAAGGAGCUCACCCUCUGUGACCUGUGCCUAGUGGUGGGGACGUCCUCUGUGGUCUACCCAGCUGCCAUGUUUGCCCCUCAGGUGGCUUCCCGUGGUGUCCCAGUGGCCGAGUUUAACAUGGAAACCACCCCAGCCACCAACAUAUUCAGGUUCCAUUUUCAGGGACCCUGUGGGACAACGCUUCCUGAAGCCCUUGCUCCUCACGAAAGUGAAAGGAUUUCUUAAUUGUUCUGUAGAAACAUGAGAAGAUCGUGUAUCACGGAACCAGGGUACGAACAGGAGAAAUGGUUUUGUGGAUGGCGAGAUGCAAACUUCAGAAAAUCUGAAAAUAACCUCCAGGCCCCUAGCAGACAUUGUAAUGUGAUUGGUCUUCGAAAUACCAACAGCAAGUAUGUUUUAUCUGGAAGAGGCUGGUGAACUGUCAGGUUCUUCCAUAUUAUUAGGUUUGAAAUGAAAUAUGAGUAUUUUGAAUUUUGAUGUUCUUAGUUACUGGAAGAAAAUGAUUUUUAAUUAAAUUGUUUGAAAAGAAGGUAAUUGUCCUAAUUGUGUGUUGGGCAAAGAUAGAAAUAGAGAAUUAAAACACUAAAAUUUAA